GGGGGGGGGGGGCUGCAGACCCCACCCGGGCGAGCGAGCGGCAGCUUUGGUGCUUUCGCCGCCUCGGUCGGCGGGCAGGAAGCGCGGCCCCUUUAAGGGAGCAGAGCGCAGCUCCUCCAACCCGAGCCGCCGCCGCCGCGCAGGGAUGCAGAUGCUGCAGCAGCAGGAGGAGGAGGAGGACCAGGGACCAGCCGCGGGGCUGGAGCAGCAGAGGGUCCCCGGAGGAGCCCGACCCAGGAGCCGGGAGGCUGCCGCUGCCGCGGGAACCCGCCGCUACUGCCCGCCUCCGCGCGCGCCUGAGUGCAGCGCCCGCGCCGCCGCCGCCGCCUUCCUCGCCCCCGCCCGCGCCCCCUCCUCGCUCCAGGCCGCCGCCGGGCUCCGCCGCCGGCCCCUGCGCUGAAUCGGGGGGCGCCGCCGGCCCAGCAUGCGGCGGCUGCGGCGCCUGGUGCCGCUGGUGCUCCUCUGCCCGCUCUCCAAGGGCCUGCAGGGCCGCCUCCCCGGGAUCAAGGUGAAGUACCUCUUCCUUGCCUGGCUGAGCAUCUUCGUGGGCAGCUGGAUGAUCUACAUCCAUUACUCCUCCUACUCGGAGCUCUGCAGAGGACACGUCUGCCAAAUGAUCAUUUGUGACCAGUAUAAUAAAGGAAUCAUCUCUGGGUCUGCCUGUAAAGACCUGUGUGCGGAACACACGCUCCUGUUCCAGCAGUGCCUCUCGUCUUCUCCCACCCACCAGGUCUACAGCGGGAUCUGGAAGGAGAAGGAAGUGAUUAUCAAGUGUGGCAUCGAAGAGUCCUUUAAGGGCGAUGGGAACCCAGACUCGAUGCCCAGGAGGGACGUGGUCCUCUUUGACAAGCCGACCCGGGGGACGUCGAUGGACGAGUUCAGAGAGAUGCUGCUGAGUUUCUUGAAGUCAAACCUGGGCGACCAGACCUCCCUUGUGAACUUGGUGAACAAAAUCAUCGCAAUGGCCGAUGUCAGUCAAGAUGGGAAACUGUCCCUGGCAGAGGCGAAGUCCAUCUGGGCGCUGCUGCAGCAGAAUGACUUUCUGCUGACGAUGUCCUUGCACGAGAAGGAGCACACGUCCAAGCUGCUAGGACAUUGUGGGGAUCUGUACAUCACCGAGAAGAUCCCCCACACCUCCCUCUACACGACGGACGUCCCCCGGUUCCUGCAGCCGCUGCUGCCUUCCGCCAUCCACAGAGUGAUCCACCAGUGGCUCUCUCCGGCCUGGCCGCGGCGGGCCAAAAUCGCCAUCGGCCUCUUGGAAUUUGUGGAGGAGAUAUUCCACGGCACCUACGGGAACUUCUACAUCUGCGAGACCGCCUUCAAGAACGUGGGCUACAAUGACAAGUUCGACUUCAAGAUGGUGGACCUGAGGAAGGUGGCGACCGCGAUGACCAUCCGGGGCUUCCUCAAGGGCCGCCACUGUGAGCAGAACGCGGACUGCACCUAUGGGGAGGACUGUGUGGCCGCGUGCGACAAGCUCAUGAAGCAGUGCAAGAGCGAGGUGGUCCAGCCCAACCUGGCCAAGGUCUGUGAGCUCCUGCAGGAGUACCUGCUGCACGGGGCGCCGGCCGACCUGAGAGAGGAGCUGCGCAAGCAACUGAAGACAUGCACCACCCUCAGCGGGCUGGCCAGCCAGAUGGAAGUGCAUCAUUCCCUCGUGCUGAACAGCCUCAAGACUCUGUUGUGGAAGAAGAUCUCCAAUACCAGAUAUUCCUAGAGAUACCGUUGGGGACGGGGAAGCUGCAGAGUUAAGAUAGCCUGGUGGGCGAAAGCUGGCGGGAGCAGCGGGCGUUCACCUCAUCCCAUUCUCCCCACUUGGCAAGACGAGCCUGUGAGAGCAGCGCAGAAGAGGAGGAGCGUGGCUGGCAGGGAGCACACCCACCGAGGCGUGCAAGCAAGAGGGAGAGAUUCCGGCACCAGGGAAUGGGGUGAGCGGGGAGGCCAGGUGCCUUCCUCUUUCCGGGGGACAGUCAGCAGAGCAGGGAGGGCCAGAUGCCCCGUGGAGGGAGCGGGACACGCUUUCUGGUGUAAACAAACAGGGUUUCUCUCCUUGGUCCUCUGUUGCUUUGAGUGCAUCUGUCUGGAUCGAUCCAGCAGUGAAGAGACCCCCGCUGCAUUUCAGAGCAGCUAACUUGCUAACUCUUCUCAUGUCCCCAAGAUGCCCAUUCCACGGGGGUCUUGCAGAAUCCUCCUUUUCCUGCAGAAUGCAGCUUGGCUCAUGCGGGUGAGCCGUCUGGGGCUCUUUGCUCGGCUUCUCCCUCGCGGAGAUGGGCUGAGGGCUGCUGCUGGUGCUCUCUUCCAUCUCCAAGCUCACGGAGGCUUGUAUCUAACACCUUUUUGCUUAUGGACCAGAAAGUGAAAGAGAGACGCACACAUGAAUCGUGCAAAAGGUCUCACUAGGAUUGCGAACAAUUUCCUCUCGCUGAUGUUGCCAGGAAAUCCAACCAGAACUACACAAAUGGGGUAAAGGUAAAGUGUGCCGUCGAGUCGCUCUCGACUCCUGGUGCCCACAGAGCCUCGUGGUUGUCUUUGGUAGAAUCCAGGAGGGGUUUCCCAUGGCCUCCUCCUGGACAGUCUGAGAUGAUGCCUUUCAGCACCUUCCUAUCUCGCUGCUGCCCGAUAUAGUACCAGCAGGGAUUUGAACUGGCAACCUUCUGCUUGUUAGUUGUUUAUUUUUGAAUGGUUCUGCUUUCAGGAUUCAGAUGUUCAACAAUGUGUGGGGUUUUAAAGCAACCAACAUAUACUGUAAA